CUGAUCUUUCUCUAAUCUCAAUCUCGUCUCUAUCUACCUGUCUUUUUAGUUUUUUCUUUUAUGUCGUGUGUUUCUCUCUAUCUUUCACUCUCCAUAGACAAAACGAAACAAAAAUAAACCUAACCAGAUAACACCACGAAACCCUCUUCCUAUCUCUCGCAAGCUGUCUGCCUGUCUCUCGUGUUCAACCAGGAUUUUAACUGAAAUUUAAUUUUAAUUUUUUUUCGCUGGGUGUUCACUGGUAUAGUAUUGAGUGGUUCUCAGGAAGUUGUUUUUUGUUUUUCCUAGCGAUUUUUUAGGGUUUUUUGUUGUUUGAAAUCUCGAAUUGGUUGUUUGGGUUUAAUUUUGGUUGUAAUUGUUUCUGGUGGAUUGAUUGUGGGUUUGUAUUUUAAGUUGGGGUUACUGGUUUGUGGCGUUUUGUUAAGUUUUUUAAUUGGGUUUUAUGUAUGUUAGAGUUGCAUUGGUUGAAGAAGAAGAUUUUAUUUAUAUUUCUAAAUAGUUUGAUGGUUUAUUUAUUAUUCUUUGCAUUGUGUUAAAUGCAGCCUUGAAUUUGAUAUUAGGCUGGACUUUUUAGUUAGUUUAGAUGCUUGAAAUAGUUGGUUAUUUGAGUUUGAUUUUCUUGUUACUACUGUUAGUUUGCUGCAAGUUAGAUAAUUACUGGAUGGUUAUUGAAUGGUGGUUUUGGGUUUGCAGAUGGAGGGAUCAUAUUCAAUCUGAGUUUGUCUGGGGAAUAUUUUUGAAAUAUUGUGAUAAUGGCCGCUGAUCAGCGGAGAAAGAGAGUUAAUGGUGCCAGUGUGACAGGUUUUAGUUCUCUGAAGCAAUAUAGAAUGAAGAAGAGAAAAUUGGAGUCACCACACAAGGGUUUAAACUCAAAAUCACAUAUUUCUCUUGAGUGGGAUAGGAAUAAAAAAAAAGUUGUUGCCAAAAAGGAUCAGAUUGGAAUUACUAGAAGGAAUUUAAGGCCAUUUAUUGAUUCUGUUCCCGGUUCCCACAAUGCUUUGGCAGAUGUUCUUUCUAUUCCUCGAGAUAUUUUUGAGUUGGAGAAUCUGGGUGAGGUUCUCUCUUACCAGGUUUGGCAGACUCAGCUAUCUGAAGAUGAGAGAAACUUUCUUAUGCACUUUCUUCCUAGUGGACAAAAUGCAGAACACAUUGUCCAAGCAUUACUUUACGGGGAUAAUUUUCACUUUGGAAAUCCUUUUCUCAAAUGGGGUGCUUCACUUUGUUCAGGCAAUCUUCAUCCUGAUGCAGUCGUCCACCAGGAACAGUGUUUAAAGGCUGAUAAAAAAGCAUACUACUCUGAGUUGCAGAAAUAUCACAAUGAUAUUAUAGAGUAUCUGCAGAAGUUGAAGCACAAAUGGGAAAGCUACAAAGAUCCAGAAGAGGGAUUUUUGCCAAAGUUUGGAAGAGAUGCUCAGAAAAGAAUACCCUCAAAUGCUAGUGAAUCGAGACUCCACGAUCUUGAGCAGGAUGUUACUGGAACAUCUGAAUCUUGUUCUUGGGUUGUGGAUGAGAAAGCAAGUAGUAGUGAUAAUCAAAACUCAUCAGUGAUGAAGGGCGGAGAACUUCAAAAAAGGGUGCAUGGCAAAGGUUUCAUGAAGGACAAUUAUAAAAAUCCAUUGUUUGCUUCUGAUGAUGCACUUGAUGUGGGAGCAAAACCCAUAAAAGGAGACAAAGUAAACAAGCGCAAUAUCCACCUUAGUGAUGGUGCCAAAUAUAUGUCAUAUAUCAAGAUUAGCAAGAAGCAGCAUGAACUUGUUAAGAGUAUGAAGCAGUCUGGUAAAAGUAUUCAGUCCAAGUCUCUGACCCGGGUUUUAGGAAACCUUGAUGGUUUGCGUGUACAACCUUAUGAAGUGUUUGAAGAAGAAGAGAAGAAGAAGUUACACAAGCAUUGGUUGCAGUUGGCAAAUAAAGAUCUCCCUGCGUUUUUUGCCAACUGGAAACAAAGAAAGUUACAGAUGUGGGAAAUCACACAAUCCUUGGGGCAAGAGAUGAAAGACAGAUUAAAAUAUCUGAAGGAGGAUGAUGAAGAAGAAAAAACUUCUGUGCAGGAUGAGGAAGAAGAGAAUGCUGUUGUUCAGGAUGAGGAAGAGGAGAAUACUGUUGUUCAGAAUGAGGCAGAAGAGAACAUUGUCAUUCAAGAUGUGGAAGGAGAGAAUGCUGUAGUUCAGGAUGAGGAAGGAGAGAACACUGUAAUUCAGGAUGAGGAAGGAGAGAACGCUAUUGUUCAGAAUGAGAAAAAAGAGAAUCCUGUUGUUCAGGAUGAAAUGGAGGGAAGUCAAGAUGCAUCUCAUGACCAGAAGGAUGAUGUGGUAGCCAACAAUGAGUCAAACACAGAAGAUGAUGAUGAUCUUGGUCCUAGCCCUCCACAGAAUCUAUAUCAACAGCAAAUCCCUGGUGGGACCCAUGAGUUCAACCGCAUGUUUAUGGUUCUUGAAAACAAUCAUGUUACCUCUAAAUCACCCAAAUCUUCAUCAGAUGUAUCUGGCCCCUUGGAGAAAAUUAUCACUGUUGACGAUAAAGUCAAUGGCAAGGUUCCUCUUCCUUCUGGUGGAGAUGUCUGGCCACGUUCUUCUUAUGGUUCUACAACCCCUGAGUUCCCUACUGGUGGGUUGCCACUUAGGAAUCCGCAAGUUAAAGAAGACCAACGAACCCACUUAAUUAAUAUGGAAUCAGACUUGAAAGGAGGCAGAAGGAAAGAUUUGCUACACAGACAAUCAGUUGAUGGUUCCUUAAAUUCUUAUCAAAACCAUGACCAAAAUGAGCUCCUGCAUUCUCUUUUCAAGGGCCAGGGGAUGUUAUCAUACCAUCAAGAGCAGAAACAGGAUGGGCUGGAUUUCCAGCCACCAAACAACUUGUUGAUGGCAGGUGAUGGUCGUUUUCCUGGGCACUUCCAUGAGCAGCUGCAGACAUCACUGCAACUUGAGCAGGGGCAGAAGAGACUGAAUGAUUUUUUCAUGCAACAAAGCAUAUCGGAGCACAUUUACCCUGACAGAGGUAGAUACUUUAUCCCAGGGCAAGAAAACUUGCAACCAAGAAAUAUGCAGAGUUGGACUGUUAAUCCUGUCCACAUGUCAGAGCCUCUGGAAUCUCAUAUGAGUGGAGAAUUGCUGAAUCAGAACUGGUUUUCUGGGGAGCAUCAAGUUCGUGGUGGCUGGACAAUGUCGGAUGGAUCUAAUUUCCAGAACCAGGGCAUUGGGAAUGGAAACAAUGCUGAUCAGAGUUUAUAUAGCGUUCUAACAAAUUGUGGCCAAUUACGUACGGUUAAUCCUUAUGCAUCUAUAGGAUCAACUGAGCAAUUCAUUUCUUCAAGGAAUUAUGGAUUGAUGGCUGGGGGUACUCCUGGGAUUAGUAAUGCUUUACCACACACAGAACAUCCACUAGACUACUUGGGUGGGCGUGAUGCACCUACCUCUGUGAUGCCUGAUGAUAUGGGAUGGAUGAACUUGCCACAUCAGAAUCCUACUUUGCAUGAUCAAAUGGGGAAACCAUACUUGAGGUCUUGGAAUCAGUAAGAAAGUAUUUUACAAUGUUCUUGAUAAGGUUCAAAUUGUGAUCCAGGUCGGAAAACUGCAGAGAACAAAUGCUGAAUUCAAGUUGCAUGUGACCAGAGAUUGUAACCUGUGACUUGCUUUGAAGAAAAGAAUUUUGAGGUUACUGCAGAUUUGCUGAAGAGUACGAGUAAACAAAUCCUGAGAUAGGUUUUUGUACAUACAUAUACAAGAGCCAACUCAACGCCGUGUAUAUAGCUUAGAUGUUAGAUGGGUAGUUGGGUGGUAAGCUUCAGAAGUGGAAAAAUCCCGGUUUCUCCAGUUCUCCUAAUUGAUAGGCCAAAUUUAUAUAAUUAUAAAAUAUUUUUUUCAUGAGGAUUUUUUGUUUUCUUUUGUUUUAAGGAAUACCUUUUUAAUAAUUUUGGAGGGUAGAACUGUUAAGGCUCUCUCUCUCUCUCUCUCUUAUUUUAACUUAGCUGUUUCUUUUUUCGAGUUUAAUUCUUGAGCUUUUGUCUGUCUCUCUCAUGCACACAAGACAAGUGAAAUAAUCUAAUGUUUCACAUGGCAAAAGUAUGAAUAUCAGUUGAACAGUUGCUUUUGA